AUGGGGCUAAACGUUCUUGAUCACAGCUACGAAGAAAUACUAGAUUCACAGCAAAGACCGUCAGGUGCUGGGCCUGUAAAUGGAAAGUCCUCACGGUAAGCUAAAAUGUUUUUAACAGCCACCAUUCAAAACAGAGAAACGAAUUCGACAAACAUCAAAUUCAAUUCAAAGCGUGAACAUUACGUUUACCGAUAGAUAAUAACGAUACCAAUACAGAAUAAAAUUCAGACCUUUCUCGUUACUAAAGGCAAUCAAGGAGGUCAGAAAAAUUCAUGGCAGCCCACUCAUAUCAAGCUUGAAUCUUCGAUCUUCGAAUAUCGAGACAAAUCGAUCUUUUCAGCUGUGACGUCAAGCAGAGGGAGGAUACCACGUUAUUUGUUUUAUGUUAAUGGACUAUUGGCUGUGUCUUUUACAUUAUUCCACUCACAUGUACCGUGGAUUUCCUAAAAUAGACAAAAAAUACUUCCUUUGAUCCAUAAGUACAUGAACCUUGACAAAGAUCAAAAACAAAGUUUUCCUAUCGCUUGCUCACACUGCACUAUGGGAUUCUUGUUUUCUUCUCAGUGUAUUUUUCAUGUCAACAUUCAUGAAGCAGAUAUUCGAUAAUUCAAAUAUGGCGGCUGCACGAGCAAUUAGAGCUGCAUGGAAUAUGUCAUCUUUGCGAGGUACGAAUCAUCUCAUCAUCCGAAAAUGUAACAUUAAAGACGUUUCAAGUUGCUGCUUUCUUUUUUUCAGGAAACAAACUCAUCUCGUCGACUUUGGGGUCAAGAGUGAGAGCUGCCAGUACCAUCCAUGCUUCUCAGAUCUUGUCGGAUUCCAUCCCAACCCAAAGUGAAGUGGUCAAACCAGGCGAUAUCGGUAAAGUAGCAUUUGAAUGUUCUUAUGGUGAUGAAUUUUUUGUUAGUUCUUAAAAGCACUUUAAUAAACACAUGGAAAAUACCCACAUGUAUGUAUAUUUAACAAUUAUUCGAGCUCGGGUUUACCCGAGUGAGUCAAUAGCCCAUGAGGCCGAAGGCCGAAUGGGCUAUUGACUCAGAGGCCAUGAGGGCGAGAGGAAUAUUUGUUUUAGUAAAAUCCAACUAGUUGGUCAAAAAUAUCGAGAAUAAGAAAAUUUUGGCUAGUUAAAGCUAGACUUAAAUCCUUUUUGCCGCCAAAAAGCCCGCGCUUUCGCUACUUGUGGGCUAUAACAAAUAGCCUUGUAGUAGCUCAACCAAUCAGAAUGCAGCAUUGAUAAUAGACCACUAGCUGGAUUUUACUAAUAGUGUUUCGUAUGAGAAAGUGUUGCGAUAGCAUCUACAGGGGGAUCAUGUGUCUUAUAGGGCUUCGGUAUAUUGGCUGACAACUUUGUCGACUUUCGGUCGACAUAUCAGUUGCUAUAUUUUUAGAUUGGUUGACUGUCAUUCGACACGUCAGUCAAUAUAUCAACCCACUCUCGACUGAUAUGUUGACUGACAGAUGACCAAGAUGUCAGCCAAUAUAUGGAAAUAGCUGUGAUUUGGUAACUGACCAAUCUGGCAUUAGCUACAGCCAUUAUGUGUAAUGAUCAAUAGUGUCCACUGCAUGUCAGUUGAAACGGAAAGGCCUUGAGGAUGAGAUACACCACCAAUACCUUACUGAUACUUGACUGACGGCUGACCAAUUCAUUGCCGACACGCUACUAAUACCAUAGUCACCUAGCAACCAACUCUUGACCAAUAUAUCGACCAUUAGUUGAAUGAGAUAUCAGUCGACACUCCCCAUAAGGCACAUGAUCCCUAUAUUGUAGGUACAGUGAUUGUCCCUAGGGUCCCUAGAGUAACUGCUUGAAACACUUGACUAAAACUCAACUUUCUAUCUAGAACCUGUUGACAUACACACAACAAAAAACAUUUUGGAGCAUCCUGAUUUCUUUGAAGUGCAUAAACUUUUUACAAUGAAAGAUCUCUUUGAUGCUAAACUACACCUUGGCCACCAUGAAGGCUGUUGGCAUCCCUUGAUGAAGCGCUAUCUCUAUGGAACAAGGGAACAUCAUCAUAUUAUUGAUCUCAACCAUACAGUAGAACAUCUGAGAGUAAGUAAAUACUGUCCAAUAGACAACAAUAUUGUUCCUUCUGUGACACUAUUGACCUUUUGUGGGGAUUAUUAUAUUAAUCAGUUGAUUGCCACCAGUGAUGAUCUGACACAGUGAUUAUUCAGGAUGGAGGAAGGAUCACUUUAGACAACAUUAAUUUUCAUAUGCUGUGCAUUUUAGGGUUGCUUUUCUGUAUUUUUUGGUUAGUUUGGGAAUUAACGUGCUAGGAUUCUAGGUCACUCUUGAUGUCGUACAAACAUUCUAACAUGCUAUCCUAAAACACUUAUGUACUAUAGACACACAUAAACAAAAGAAACUCAACUAACAUAAUGGAAACGCAUUGUCGAACUUUGUAGAUUUAUUACCACCUGCACCAUAAGAGCGUACUUAUGUAACAAGGCACGAACAAGGUACAUUUAGUACUACCACCAUACAAGUGUACUAACAUACCAACAUGUAAGAAAAAGGUAAAAAGUAUUACCCUUUGACAAAAUGCUGGUAUUCUCAAACCCAAAACGGGCAUGUACUAAAAAGUUUGAAAAGUUGUGGAACAAAUUUGAGCAAGUUCAGUUGAAGUGCUUAAGUAGCUUUCAGUGCUUUCACUGAACGCCAAGCAUCAGUUGCUUCUCUCGGGCUGCUGUUGCCUCUACUAAAAAAAUAGGCCUGGACUAUAACAUUAUGAUCAAACCAAUUUUAGAAGGAUUUGUAUUGAGUCACCAGAACAAAGCAGUGUUUAUAUCUUUUGACCAAGUUACUUCCACUAACAGGCUGAUUUUUGGCAAGGGGGCUUUUUUCAUCAUCUCCUUUCUGAUUAUGCUAACCAAGUCCAUAAUUUAUCAAAUUUGAUUUUUUAUAAUUUUUUUCUUUUUCCUUUAAAGUCUGACUCAACAGUUUGCAUUUAGUGGAUCCUUUUCCUGGAAUGAAUGAAACUUGUUUUAUAAAAAGUGACACCUCAUAUCAUGGAAAAUUAUCUAGUUUUUUGCUUUUCUUCCAGCUGGCCUUGAAUGUCUUGUCUCACAUUGCUUACAGAGGGGGAAUAAUUCUGUUUGUUUCUACCCAUCCACAAUUUGAAGAACUGACACAGCGCACUGCUAGAGAGUGUGGCGAGUACUUCAUCACUCGAAGAUGGCGAGGAGGAACUCUGACUAACUCCAUGAUGCUUACAGGAAUGACUAGAGUUGCAGAUCUUAUUAUAUUUUUACAUUUACCUUCGUUGGGAAGAAAUAUGUUAGCAGUAAAAGAAGCGGCUCAAGCAAAUGUUCCAAUUAUUGGAAUUGUGGACAGUGACUGUAAUCCUAAUCUUAUAAUGUACCCUAUACCUGGAAAUGACGAUUCUCCUUCUGCAGUUGAACUGUACUGUAAUUUGUUUAAGAAGGCAGUGUUAAGAGCAAAGGAGGUAAGAAUGGAAAGGCGUUCAAGACGCAAGGAAGAAAAAAUGGAGGAAGACUUCCAGCUGUAUGAAGAGAUAGAAGAAGAGGAAAAAGAUGAAUCGAGCUUGUGA